CUCGUCGAUAGUAAAGAUAUAAAUAAAACUAGAAAAAUAUAACGGCGACGAGAUUAAUUUUAACUAUUAUUGUACGAUUCGUAUAUAUAAAAUCUGCGUAUUUUAACGCAACCGAUUUAAAAAAGGAUUACAGUUUUGACAUCCGAUAAGAAUUAAAAGAGAAGUCGUUUAAUUAAUAAGGCGCCGUUAGAAAAAAGAAAAUAAAUAAAAAAAAUGCGUGGAGGAAUUUGUGAAGUGGACGGAGAGGAAGGUGGCAUCGCGGUAACGUGUUCUCGAACAUCUGCCGGGACUUAGUGUGGCGUUCGAGAUUUGGGCCGAGAAAGUGGCGAUGUUACGUCGAUUAUUCGCGAUCGCGGUUCUCUGAUCGUCGACCGUUGGCGCCAGAGAAUGAGGCCGACGUCUUUGCUUUCGAUUAUUUUCCUGUGUUCGUCGGUCAUCUGCGGUCCCCACACCCACAACAAGCAGAAAGACGGAUCCGGCAAAGAAAGGGAGUCGGACGGCGCCUACGGUCCCAGGGAUCGCAAUCAUUUCGUCGACGAGGAACACAACGUCGAAUUCGACCACGAAGCCAUCCUGGGAAGUAAAGAUGAAGCAGAAACGUUUGAUCACUUAAGUCCUUCGGAAGCCAAGUCGCGUUUAAAAAUUCUUGCCGAGAAAAUGGAUAAGAGUCGCGAUGGUUUUAUCGAUAAGAAAGAACUUACGGAUUGGAUAUUAAAAUCUUUCAGAAAACUGACAGAAGAAGAAGCAAAUGAACAAAUGGAAGACGACGACGUAAAUGAAGACGGCAGAAUUUCGUGGGACGAACAUAAAUCGGAAACGUAUGGUAUUUACAAUGAUAAUGAACUAACACCGGAUACGGAUGAAAAUUCAGAUUAUCAGAUGCUCAGAAAUGAGGAACAGUUAUUCAAGAAAGCAGAUUUAAAUAAUGAUGGAUAUUUAGACAAGUCAGAAUUUCCUGCAUUUACACAUCCAGAAGAAUUUGAGCAUAUGCAUGAUACAUUAUAUGAACAAACCAUGCAGAAGAAAGAUAAAAAUAAAGACGGUUAUCUCAGUCUCGAGGAAUACAUGGCAAAUUCUAACGGGAAAGUUUCUAUGUUAGGUAGUGAGGAUUACAUUGUAGAAAAAGAUCGUUUUGAUACAGAUUACGACAAAAAUCAUGACGGAAAACUGAGCAAAGAGGAAGUUUUACUUUGGUUAAUUCCGAACAAUAACGACAUAGCGGAAAGCGAAGCGGAUCAUCUGAUCGACAGUUCGGACGCCAAUAAAGACGGAAAAUUAUCCAUUCAAGAAAUAGUAGACCAUCACGAAAUUUUUGUGGGAAGCGAAGCCACGGAUUUCGGCGAACAUUUGCAUAACACACACAAAUUUGACGACGAACUCUGAAAGAUUUCUUCGGAAAUGUCCCUUAAAAACUUAUUUUAUACUUAAUUAUAAUUAUUUGCUUCCAGUUACUUUAAUGCUGUUUAAUAUAUUAAUGUAAUAUACAUUAAUAAAGUUAUUUAUGAACCUUUUUUAGACUACAAAAAAUGUAUUUGUUUUUA